GCGGAGGGUGCGGCGCUGAGGCGGCGGCGGGGCCGGGCGGGGCCGGGCGGGGCCGGGCGGGAAACGUUAGGGGAGCGGCCCCGGAGUGCGGGGGUCGAGGGCGGGGAGGGCCCCAGGCCAGCUCUGCCCGGAUGAGGAACAAAGCGGAGGGGCAGGUGCGCGCCCCCCGCGCGGCCGGCAGGUUGGGCAGCUCCUCCCCGAAGCUUCUGGAGGAAAGGCCCUGGGUGUCCCCCGGCAUGCCCCAUCCCGCGGCGGGGUGCGCGGCCACCGGCCCUCGGGAGAAGUUGGGCGGCCCCGGGCGGCCCCGAGGACGAGUGGCCGCGGUCGUGCAGCGGUUGUGAGCAAGAUGCGGUAGCACGUGACGCUGGAACGCAAACCCUGAUGCCGGUUCCCCGGAGCGCUUUUCUCUGCGACGCUUGGCCCGAAGCUGAUGCAUCACAGGAUGAAUGAAAUGAACCUGAGCCCAGUGGGGAUGGAGCAGCUGACUUCAUCCUCUGUGAGCAAUGCCUUGCCAGUCUCAGGAAGUCACCUGGGUUUGGCUGCCUCACCUACUCACAGUGCCAUCCCUGCCCCAGGUCUGCCAGUGGCAAUUCCAAACUUGGGUCCCUCCCUGAGCUCUCUGCCUUCUGCUUUGUCUUUGAUGCUCCCAAUGGGUAUUGGGGAUCGAGGGGUGAUGUGUGGGUUACCUGAAAGAAACUAUACCCUACCUCCACCACCUUACCCCCACCUGGAGAGCAGUUACUUCAGAACCAUUUUACCUGGCAUUUUAUCUUAUUUAGCUGACAGACCACCUCCUCAGUACAUCCAUCCCAACUCUAUAAACGUUGAUGGUAAUACACCAUUAUCCAUCGCCAAUAACCCAUCAGCACUUGAUCCCUAUCAGUCCAAUGGAAAUGUUGGAUUAGAACCAGGCAUUGUUUCAAUAGACUCUCGUUCUGUGAACACACAUGGCGCCCAAAGCCUUCAUCCUAGUGAUGGCCAUGAGGUGGCUCUGGACUCAACAAUCACCAUGGAGAACGUUUCUAGAGUUACCAGCCCAAUCUCUACUGACGGAAUGGCAGAGGAGCUUACAAUGGAUGGUGUUGCAGGCGAGCAUUCCCAAAUCCCAAAUGGCUCCAGAAGUCAUGAACCUCUCUCUGUGGAUUCUGUGAGCAACAACCUUGCAGCAGACACAGUAGGACAUGGUGGUGUGAUACCCAUUCAUGGGAAUGGCCUGGAGCUCCCUGUGGUCAUGGAAACAGACCACAUUGCAAGUCGAGUCAACGGGAUGUCUGAUAGUGCUCUCAGUGAUUCCAUCCACACUGUGGCCAUGAGCACCAACUCUGUAAGCGUGGCACUCUCUACCUCACACAACCUCGCCUCCCUAGAAUCUGUUUCCCUCCAUGAAGUUGGCCUCAGCCUAGAACCUGUGGCUGUCUCCUCUAUCACCCAGGAGGUUGCCAUGGGUACAGGUCAUGUAGAUGUAUCUUCAGACAGUCUUUCUUUUGUACCACCGACACUGCAAAUGGAAGACUCCAAUUCAAACAAGGAAAACAUGGCAACUUUGUUUACAAUUUGGUGCACUCUUUGUGACCGAGCCUAUCCUUCAGAUUGCCCUGAUCAUGGACCAGUGACUUUUGUUCCUGAUACUCCAAUAGAGAGCAGAGCAAGACUUUCUCUCCCAAAGCAGCUUGUUCUUCGACAGUCAAUUGUGGGAGCAGAAGUUGGUGUAUGGACUGGAGAAACCAUUCCUGUGCGCACCUGCUUUGGGCCCCUUAUUGGUCAGCAGAGUCACUCCAUGGAAGUCGCAGAGUGGACAGACAAGGCUGUUAACCAUAUUUGGAAGAUAUACCACAAUGGUGUCCUAGAAUUCUGCAUCAUUACAACUGACGAAAAUGAAUGUAAUUGGAUGAUGUUUGUGCGCAAAGCCAGGAAUCGGGAAGAGCAAAAUUUGGUGGCUUAUCCCCAUGAUGGAAAAAUUUAUUUCUGCACCUCACAAGACAUCCCUCCUGAACAUGAACUGCUUUUCUAUUAUAGUCGGGAUUAUGCUCAGCAGAUUGGUGUUCCAGAACAUCCAGAUGUGCACCUCUGUAACUGUGGCAAGGAAUGCAAUUCCUACUCAGAGUUCAAAGCUCAUCUGACCAGCCACAUCCAUAACCAUCUCCCUAGCCAGGGUCACAGCAGCAAUCAUGGUCAAGGCCACAGCAAAGAAAGAAAAUGGAAGUGCUCAAUGUGCCCCCAAGCUUUUAUCUCUCCUUCCAAACUGCACGUCCACUUUAUGGGUCAUAUGGGUAUGAAGCCCCACAAGUGUGACUUCUGUAGCAAGGCUUUCAGUGAUCCAAGCAAUCUGCGGACCCACCUCAAGAUACAUACUGGUCAGAAGAACUAUAGAUGUACUUUGUGUGACAAGUCUUUCACCCAGAAAGCUCACCUGGAAUCACACAUGGUCAUCCACACGGGUGAGAAGAAUCUCAAGUGUGAUUACUGUGAUAAGCUGUUUAUGCGCAGGCAGGACCUCAAGCAGCAUGUGCUCAUCCACACACAAGAACGCCAGAUCAAGUGUCCCAAGUGUGAUAAGCUGUUUUUGAGAACAAAUCACUUGAAGAAGCAUCUCAAUUCUCAUGAAGGAAAGCGAGAUUAUGUCUGUGAAAAAUGUACAAAGGCAUAUCUAACCAAAUAUCAUCUUACCCGCCAUCUGAAGACCUGUAAAGGACCCACCUCCAGUUCCUCAGCACAAGAGGAGGAGGAGGAGGAGGACUCCGAGGAGGAAGAUCUAGCAGACUCUGUGGCAACAGAAGACUGUAGGAUUAACAGUGCUAUGUUUUCAGCAGACGAGUCUCUUACUUCUCAUAAAUAAAAAAGCAACUGCUUUGGAUGGAAAAUACAAAGGGAAAA